AAUGCGCCUGCGUCAGAACGCAGCGUCCAGAUUCAAACUGGUCGGCGGUUAAGAAACAACGGCAGCAAGCGAGGAGGGAGCAAGGCACACAGAAACUAACAUUAACCAAAAUUAAGGCAAAUACAAGAUGUCUAAGACACUGAAAGGAAUCACGCUGAAGGGGAGUGCAGAACUAGUUGCUGAGUUUUUCUCGUUUGGUAUCAACAGCAUCUUGUACCAGCGAGGAAUCUACCCAGCAGAAACCUUCACCAGAGUUACACAAUAUGAUAUGAGCCUUCAACUGACCACAGAUGCAAAGCUGAAGAACUACCUCACCAAUGUCAUCUCACAACUCAAAGAAUGGUUGUUUGAUUGCACAGUUCAGAAGCUGGUGGUGGUCAUCACUUGUCUGGAGACUAAUGAGGUGCUGGAGCGAUGGCAGUUUGAUAUAGAUUGUGACAAGACAGCAAAGGAGAGCAGCGCACCCAGGGAGAAGUCCAUAAAAGCUAUCCAAGAGGAAAUCCGUUCUGUUAUCAGACAGAUCACUGCCACAGUCACCUUCUUGCCAUUGUUAGAAACUGCCUGUGCAUUCGACCUUCUGAUCUACACAGACAAAGAUCUUGAGGUACCUGAGCAAUGGGAGGAAUCUGGGCCUCAACUAAUUGACCAAUCAGAAGAAGUCCGCUUGCGUUCCUUUACUACUACUAUUCAUAAGGUUAACAGUAUGGUGGCCUACAAGAGGACAAAUUCCAUGUGAUUUCUCUUUUUUUGUGUUCUGUUCUGUUUUUGUGUGUUUUAUGUUGUGUUCAACUUUCCAGCCUUGUGUAUAUAUCUCUAUAAUGUCAUUUCUUAUUUGUUUUCAUUUUAAAGAAUGCAUUUCCUAAUACAGAAAAUAAAUUUUUUGUUUCCAA